UCUGGGUGCGGCGCUGAGAUCCGUGGUGUCAACUCUUCCCGGCAUCGCGUUGUCCUCCCGCCCCCACCGAUUUCGCAAUACCCGUACCGUCUUGUCCCUUCAGCGCACACGGGUGGGCGGGCGAGACUGGGUGCAGCGCCCGAUCUCCUGCUUUGUUUCCUGCUCGCCUUGCACUUCCGACCUCUCCUGGUGCGGGGGUGGGUGCGCCGACUUUACUCGGAAGCGCUUCCAACCACCCCCUCCGCUCGAUGACUCGGGAAGGCUUGGUUUCCAAGUAGUGUUGAACCAGGGCGAGAGGAGGAGGGAUUAAGCGGCCGGGAGUUGACCGGGCAGGAACUGGUUGGGAAAGGGAGCAAAAUAAAACUUAAACCAAGCAAGCAAGCAUGACGACUAUAAACACUCAAAAUAUAAGUUUCAAAUGGGAUCCAAAAAAUCUGGAAAUAAGGACGUUGGCAGUGGAACGUCUAUUGGAGCCAUUGGUCACACAGGUGACUACCUUGGUUAAUACCAGUAACAGAGGACCAUCUAACAAAAAGAAGGGACGUUCUAAGAAAGCACAUGUUUUGGCUGCCUCUGUGGAACAAGCAACUCAGAAUUUUUUGGAUAAGGGUGAGAAAAUUGCUCUCGAGAGCCAAUAUCUGAAGGAAGAACUGACAGCAGCUGUGGAGGAUGUACGUAAACAAGGUGAAGCAAUGAGGAGUGCUUCCUCUGAAUUCGCAGAGGAUCCGUGUUCUGCUAUGAAGCGAGGCAAUAUGGUUCGGGCUGCACGCGCAUUGCUGUCUGCUGUUACUCGCCUUCUCAUCCUGGCUGACAUGGCAGAUGUUUACAAGCUUCUUGUGCAGCUGAAAGUUGUUGAAGAAACUCUUGUAAAAGUGAGAAAUGCAAACAAUGAGCAAGAGCUUGGGAUACAUUUUAAAGCAUUAAAACCAGAGGUGAACAAGCUGAAUCUAAUGGCUGCCAAAAGACAACAGGAAUUGAAGGAUAUUCAUCACAGAGAUCAAAUGGCUGCUGCACGAGGAGUUUUGCAGAGGAAUGUCCCUCUGCUGUAUACUGCUUCACAUGCUUGUCUCCUGCACCCAGAUGUAGCUGCUUACAAAGCCAACAGGGAUCUGAUCUAUAAACAGUUAACACAGGCUGUUACUGGGAUAUCAAAUGCAGCCCAAGCAACCACAUCAGAGGAUGCCAACCUAGGGCAGCAAAGUAGUGCUGGAGAACUGGAGGAUGCCCUGAAUCGAUUUGAUAAGCAAAUAAUUGUAGACCCAUUGAACUUCAGUGAGGAGCGUUUUAGACCAUCUCUGGAAGAACGACUCGAGAGCAUCAUUAGUGGAGCUGCACUAAUGGCAGAUUCUUCUUGUACUCGUGAUGAUCGACGUGAACGCAUUGUGGCUGAGUGCAACGCAGUACGACAGGCUCUGCAGGAUCUACUUUCUGAAUAUAUGGGCAAUGCUGGUCGAAAAGAAAGGGGUGAUGCACUCAAUGCUGCGAUUGACAAAAUGACCAAAAAGACGAGGGACUUGCGCAGACAGCUGAGGAAAGCUGUCAUGGAUCAUGUAUCAGACUCUUUCCUGGAGACCAAUGUACCUCUUCUAGUUUUGAUUGAAGCAGCUAAGAAUGGCAAUGAAAAAGAAGUAAAAGAAUAUGCCCAAGUAUUCCGUGACCAUGCCAGCAAAUUAGUUGAGGUUGCCAACCUUGCAUGUUCCAUUUCCAACAAUGAAGAAGGUGUGAAACUAGUUCGCAUGGCAGCCACUCAGCUUGAAGGCCUUUGCCCACAGGUCAUAAACGCUGCCCUGGCACUGGCAGCUAAACCUCAGAGUAAGGUAGCUCAGGACAAUAUGGAUCUCUUCAAAGAGUUAUGGGAGAAGCAAGUGCGUGUGCUGACUGAUGCUGUGGAUGACAUUACUUCAAUUGAUGACUUCUUGUGUGUUUCAGAGAAUCACAUUCUCGAAGAUGUAAAUAAAUGUGUUAUCGCACUCCAAGAGAAAGAUGUAGAUGGACUAGACCGUACAGCAGGUGCAAUUCGAGGCCGUGCUGCAAGAGUUGUACAUGUUGUCACUUCAGAGAUGGACAACUAUGAACCUGGAGUCUACACUGAAAAAGUUCUGGAAGCAACCAAGCUGUUGUCUAAUACUGUUAUGCCACGAUUUACUGAGCAAGUGGAAGCUGCAGUGGAAGCACUCAGUGCCAAUCCUGCUCAGCAGCUGGAUGAGAAUGAAUUCAUUGAUGCAUCACGUUUGGUCUAUGAUGGUAUUCGUGAUAUUAGAAAAGCUGUAUUAAUGAUUAGAACGCCUGAAGAAUUGGAUGAUUCAGACUUUGAAACUGAAGACUUUGAUGUGCAAAGUAGAACUAGCGUCCAGACGCAGGAAGACCAACUUAUAAAUGGACAAAGUGCAAGGGCCAUUAUGGCUCAGCUUCCACAGGAGCAGAAAGCAAAGAUUGCUGAGCAAGUAGCCAGCUUCGAGGAGGAGAAAAUCAAACUUGAUGCUGAAGUUUCCAAAUGGGAUGACAGUGGAAAUGAUAUUAUUGUCUUAGCCAAGCAGAUGUGCAUGAUUAUGAUGGAGAUGACAGACUUCACCAGAGGGAAAGGUCCACUGAAGAAUACUUCCGAUGUAAUCAGUGCAGCCAAGAAAAUUGCAGAAGCAGGGUCAAGAAUGGAUAAACUUGGGCGUACUAUUGCUGAUCAUUGUCCAGACUCCAGCUGCAAGCAAGAUUUAUUGGCUUAUCUGCAGCGCAUUGCCUUGUAUUGCCAUCAGUUGAAUAUCUGCAGCAAAGUAAAGGCAGAAGUUCAAAACCUUGGUGGAGAACUAAUUGUGUCUGGAGUGGAUAGUGCGAUGUCUCUGAUUCAAGCUGCAAAGAACUUGAUGAAUGCUGUUGUGCAAACGGUUAAAGCUUCCUACGUGGCAUCCACUAAAUACCAGAAGUCCCUUGGCAUGGCAUCAUUAAACAUGCCUGCAGUUUCAUGGAAAAUGAGGGCUCCAGAGAAGAAGCCAUUGGUAAAGAGGGAGAAAAAUGAUGACAUUCACAAAGUUAAAAGAUCAUCUCAGAAAAGGCAUGUCUCACCAGUGCAGGCUCUCAGCGAGUUUAAAGCUAUGGAUAGCAUUUAAAAGAGAGAAAACAUUCCUAUAAUAUAUCACUGAUAAAAGUACAAUUGAAUGGUUUCAGGAACUCUUUCUAUAAUUUGCUUAACUUUUAAAAACUUAAACGUAGGCUUUUAAUAUACAUAUAUAAAUGUGUAUCAUAGCAAGUUACGCAUUCUUUCUUGCUUAAAUAAAAUUAGGCUUCAUUCCAUAAUUGGAAUGGGAAGUUGGAAUGAUGUGCACACUAGGUCAAAUUUGAGCUUUGUCUCUCUGGUAACUAGUUAAUAACUGCUUUAAUAAUAUAAAAUGAUGUAAGAAACUUGAACUUUAUGAGGGAUGUGCAGAUUGGAUAUUGAUUUUUUAAGUCCGCAAGUUCUUGCAAUCAAGUGAAUGGCAAUGAACUAUUAAAAUCUUUUCAAUAAUCAUUCACAUUUGUACAGUAAUGAAAGACUUUAAGGCAUUACAUUCUAGUAGAAGUUUUGAUUGGUUUAAUUGCUUCAGUUGGUUUGUUAAUAUGUGGAUUGGUUUGCAAUUUUGAAUUAACACUUGUUUUCUUCUAGUCCUCCUUCGCAACCCUCACCCUCUUCCUGUAGUCAAACCCACAGGGAGUUCUUACCAUAUUUGUUUUUGUUCGCUUAUUGAUAACGGGGCAAGUUCAUUACACAUCCCUCAACAUUAAUAUGAUCUUUGGUUGUGGUUAAUAGAGCUUAAAUAGCCAAAAUAUUAUUGUGCUACGCAAUCAUAUAUAUCAAGGUAAAAUGUAAUGGGUAUGAUAAUCAUUGGAAGACAAUCCUAAAUUAGUAACUAGAGAUGUAAUGUACCACGCGUAAGUACUUUAAAAAAAAUCUUUUUCAUGAUUUAGAUUCUAUUUGAAGCAUAAAUUUACUUCUGUACUGGCUAUAAUUCUCCAAUAAAGUUACAAUUUUGACCUUUUAA